GCGUCAUCACCGAGCGCCGGGCCGCCUGGACUGCGCGAGGGCGGCGGGCGACGGGCCUGAGGAGGUGCGAUGCUCAGCCGGCUUCAGGAGCUGCGCAAGGAGGAGGAGACGCUGCUCCGGUUGAAGGCGGCGCUGCACGACCAGCUGAACCGGCUCAAGGUUGAAGAAAUGGCCCUUCAAUCAAUGAUUAGAAGAGGGGAUGAGAUGCUGCCCUCUCCACCUGCACCUGAACAGUCACAUGAUAUGUUGGUGCAUGUGGACAAUGAAGCAUCAAUCAACCAAACUGCACUGGAGUUGAGCACAAGGAGCCAUGUGCCAGAAGAGGAGGAGGAAGAGGAGGAAGAAUCAGAUUCCUGAAGGGGGAGAAGAGCUGGGGUUAGUUAUACAAAUUAAAUUUCUAAGUCUCAGGAACUUGCUCUCUUCAAAGAAUUCUUGCCAUGGGCCCUGUGGCCUGCUUUAAAAGGAAGCAAGAACUUUAGGAGGAUGUGUAGUUGUAAAAAUGGUUCCAUCAAUAACUCAGGUUUCAGAAUGCUUUAACAAAAAUUAGUGACAUGUAGAAAAGCAGAGAUGCAAUGUCUUAACAUUAAGCAGUACGGGUGGUGCUGUAUCUAUAUUGUGGUCAGAUUCAGUAAUUGUGUUCAAAACAGAAAAUUUCCUCUGAAAUGCUAUUAAGAAAGUCUGGCAUUUGCAAAAAGGGCAGAGUUUAAAUACAAGCCAGCCUUUCCAAUCAACAGUGCCUCUUUAAGAAAACCAAUUAAAGGCUGUUUGCAUGCCAUUGAACCCUUGUGGGCAGAGCAGGGCCACAGUCUAGGAGAGAAAGAUGACCAAGAGGAGGACAGAGGGCCACUUGAGAGCACAAGCUAUGGCCACCUCUCAGUGACAUCGCAACACACUGCCUACUAUAGGCUGCUUUGUGUGGCUGUUGUCAUGUUUAGGUUGAGACGUCACUAUGGUUAAAAUGUGCUUAGAAAUAAAUUAUAGAUAAAUAGCCAUCAUGCAGCUUGCUGGUUUCCAGAGAGCAGCAGAGAAAAGGAUUAGCUUCUCCUCUGGGGCAAAUAAUACAGCAGUAUUUCUGGACUUAGAGAGGAAAUGUGUCAUUAAAGAGGGAAUCACUAUGCUUGGGAGAUUGGAUUUUUAUAAUAAAGAGAUGACAGUUACAGAGUAAGAGUUAAUAAAACUUGGUAUUUGAAGUUGAGAUUCAUUUCUGCGCACUGUCCCUUUUCCACUGAAUGUAUAGUUUAGUUGCUUAAUUUUAUAAAAGUAAUUUGCGGGGCUGGCCCAGUGGUGUAGUGGUUAAGUUCGCAUGCUCUGCUUUUCAGUGGCCCAGGGUUCAUGGGUUUGGAUCCCGGGUGCAGACCUAUGCACCACUUAUGAGGCCAUGCUGUGGCAGGUGUCCCACAUAUAAAGUGGAGGGAGAUGGGCACAGCUCUUAGCUCAGGGCCAAUCUUCCUCACCAAAAAAAAAAAAAAAAAGGAAUUUGCCCUGCCUGAGCAACAGAAAAGCUAAACAAAACACAAAGAACCUGCUCAAGUAGAACUUCUUAUGUAACUGUUUAGAAACAGAAAUUUCUAAAUUCUUAGUUAUUUGGGGUGAGGGAAGUGGGAGAAAGAUGAGAAAUAGAAAAUGUGAUAGUUCCUUUUAAAAUGCCUUAUAUGGAAGCAUUUUCUGAGAGAUGUUGGUUUGUUCCAGAAGAGAACAUGGAUAUAUUUGUUAAUCGACAUUUCAUUAAAGUUAUUUUGAGCUACUCUUACAGGAAAUAGCCAGAAGUUUUCUUGGAAAACACAGUGUGAAAACAGCUUUGCAAUGAAAAGCAUCAAGGUGUACAUUUUGGGAGUCUAAUUUAAAAUACGAGCAUGGGUUUUUGAGCUAGAAAAACUGCCUGUGAAUUCUAGCUCUGGCGUGAGCUGGAGCUCUGGAUCUACCAGCUCUAGUGGCCAGCCGGUUAGUGUCGAGCCUUCUCACCUCUUUGCAGCUCUCACUUUCCCAUUUGUAAAAUGAGGGUAUUCACAUCUACUCUGGCAAUUGCACAAGUUGUUGUGAGGUGCUAAUGAGAUAUCAUUUAAAAAUCCAACCACUGUUGGUGUCUCAGUGAGAAGUUUGAGGAAGGAAUUUGGCAUGGGGAACUCAAACAGCAAGACUGAUGCCGGGAACAGCAUUCUUAACAGUGAGGUCAUUCUUGGUAAAAAUUACUAGGAAAAAAUCUUUUGACUCUGAAAAUGUAAUACCUUUGGAUGUGAAUAGAGAAUUUAAAACACCCCUCAAAAGACAGCAUGAAAGCAUUCAGAUCCAGGUUUUAGACUCCAGGUUACAUCAUUUCUUCCUUUUAAGAUGCUGUUUGCACAUUUUAAUGAGACAGUCUCAAUAGUAGUGGCAUCCUCUCCGUUAGCAAAAGAUACAGGGUGUGUGGAGGGUGUGGGUCUUAAACCUCGGUCUGAAUGUUUGUAUGUUGAAAACGUGUUAAGUUACACUGUUGACUUAGAAGAAGUGUUAGCCUCACAUCAAGAGAAAAUGAUUGACUAGCUGAGGCAGCAGUACAUACAACAUCGACCAGUUUUUAAAAUCCUGGCUGUAUCCUAAGCUCUGGUAGAUCUAGAGUGAAUUACCUGCUCAGAUAAAAACCAACUUUGGUUUUUAAUUUGAAAAUGAAAUAGGCCUUUUUAUUUUUAAAUAUACAUUUAUUUUGGUUUUCUAUAACCUGCCCUCUCAAAGAAGAAAAUGAGAGAAGAGGUGCUGACCAGGCAGCCUCACAUGUACCUAAAGUUCCAAAAGUCACUUUUAAAGAAAGGGCACCAUUGGCCAGUUGGGACAUGGCUUUGUUUUCUGUGACUUCACUGCCACCUCACAGGCAUGACAAAGCCAGCGCUAGGCACAUUCCUUCUCUCCAGGAAAGUGUAGUUAAAUGUAAUUGGUGAAAGAGGGGAAACCAUUGCUCAGUGGAGCAAAGCAGCACAGGACUGACUGUCCCGAUUAGAGGUGCCAGUGCCAACCAGGCGUCCUGUGAGCGUGUCGACCACUCCCUAUCCCCACCCCUGCCUACUUCUCUAAUCUAAUAUGAAGAGAUGGGAUCUAUUCACAGGUCCACAGGAAAGGUGCAAGAUUCACAGAUAAGGGUGUUUUGGUGAGAAGGAGUUGGACAAAGUUCAAAGAUUGGAAUUACAGGAAGCCCCAUUAGUCCAAAGCACUGAAAUUGUCCUCAGCAUGGUAUUUCCGCCUCCAGCCUCCUUCCUGUCUCUACCUUUCCCCUCACAAUAAUGCUUGGCUAAAUCAUUUGAUUUCUUAUAUACAGAAGACACUGAAAAUCCUACCACAAAAGUAGAAGUAUUCUUUCAUCCUUUUAACUUGACAGUAUAUUUAUUAGAAUAAGAGAUUAGAUUUGUUAAACAUCUGGAUUAAAAUGGUUAAAAGGAUACAAUUUUUAGGCACUAUGCACACUGUUGUUUACAAUAGCAUCAGUACUUGGAUUUGGGGAAAAAUAAAUCUCAUACUUUUAAUGCCUUGAUCCAUCUGUAACGUUCAAAGUAACGCCACCAUUUUAGAAACACUGUCCAAACUUAAAGAGACAUAUCCCACUAAAUAUCCCACACAGUAUAUUUAAAAAUAAAUAUAGAAAUACAACCAGAAGUCUACAAAUCAUCAGAGUAGACAGACUGGUGAAGCCCCAGCUAUCAUGGCAGUGAAGGGCUCUGGCUAGAUUUUGAUGGAAAUUGCUGAAUUCUACACCAAAAGCAAAAAAAUAAUAAUAAAAUAACAUGAUAUAUACUUUCUGAUGCUCAUUUUCAUAGCAGCAAAGCAUGCUUCACAUGCACUGCCUGUGAAGGAUCUUACAAGGCUCCUUCCUACUCAAAUAGAAAGAAGGUACGCCCGGCAAGAAUGAAGUACCACU